UUAUUUCACCAAGAUAAGCAAAAACUAACCACAGUAUACAGAAUUAUAGCUUUCUUUAUAAGAAGAAGCAUUGUUUGUCAUGCGUUUAGACCUACAUUCAAUUAUUAGAGAAUUUUCAAGAGUAAUAUAAUUAAAAAUAAGUAUCCAACUAAGAAAGAUAACGAACACAUGCAUGAGAUUGAGGUGCAUGUAAGUGAAAUAAGUCGUAAUAAUCACCGACAAAACGCGUUAGUUUUCAAUCGACCCCUUAUAAAACGAGUCCAAAAGGCUUCCUUCUCCAUCAAGCAAUCACUUCUGAACUAACACUUUCUUUCGAUCUCUCUUCGUCUCAAUCUACUAAAAUAUACAUGGAAAUGAAGGGAAAAUAUUUGGUUACGGUUAUUUUAUUGGUUGGUACGUUAAGUGUGGGGAUGUGUUCCAAUGGUUGGAUUAGGGCGCAUGCAACGUAUUAUGGUGUUAAUGAUAGCCCUGCUUCACUUGGAGGAGCUUGUGGGUAUGACAAUCCGUACCACGCUGGAUUCGGAGCCCAUACGGCGGCGCUAAGCGGUGCGCUAUUCAGAAACGGCGAGUCAUGCGGUGGUUGCUACCAAGUGAGGUGCGACUAUUGGGCUGAUCCUAAGUGGUGUCUCCGAGGAGCCGCUGUGACGGUGACGGCGACAAACUUCUGUCCAUCGAACAAUAAUGGAGGUUGGUGCAAUCUCCCUCGCCACCACUUUGACAUGUCCAUGCCCGCUUUCUUCCGCAUAGCUCGCCGCGGCAACGAAGGGAUCGUCCCCGUCUUCUACCGCCGAGUUGGGUGCAAAAGAAGAGGAGGUGUGAGAUUCACGAUGAGAGGUCAAGGGAAUUUCAACAUGGUCAUACUCUCAAACGUUGGCGGCAGCGGCGCGGUGAAAGCGGUUGCGGUGAGAGGCUCAAGGGGAAAGACUUGGCGUCAGAUGACUCGUAAUUGGGGCGCCAACUGGCAGAGCUCCGGUGAUCUCCGUGGACAGAGACUCUCCUUCAGAGUUACUCUUCUUGACCGCAAGACGAUGACGUUUCUAAACGUUGUUCCUUCUUCUUGGUGGUUCGGCCAAACCUUCUCUGGUCGAGGCCAGUUCCUCUGAAUGGAACUCCUCGUGAAGACAGUGUCCUAUUGGUUGCUCUUUCAUCUUUGUAACGAAUGUGGAGCUAAUUUUCAACUAUUUGCUUAUUUAUGAGCUUAGCCCUUUGUUUUUUUCUGGGCAAUGUUCCUUUGAUCUUGAUUUUUAUUACUACUAAAUAAUUACACGUUUUUUUUGUAUUGGUUUGUCAUUUAUGUAUGAGCAUUACUCAAAAGGUUACAAGAGUUUUGCUGAGUCUAUAGUAAUGGACAUUUUUAAUUGGUUUCCAAUUUUACUACAAAAAUGCAUUCAUAAAUUUAAAUACAAUUAGAUACCUU